CGCCUCUGAACAGUUUAAAGUGCCUCAUGUUUUGCUGUGUGCUGCCAGAGGAAAUAGUUUCUCAGUAUCCACCCCUUCAAGCCACCAAAACACUUCAAUUAGAUCACAACUUAAUUGUCUGCACUGAGGGGAUAUAAUAGAUUGGAGUCUGAAUUCUCAGUUGCAUAGUAACUGGAAUAUGGAGAAGCAACUGUGAUAUUGACAUUCCUUCAAAGUGUACUACUGUUCUCUCUUUAUCCUUUGUCUGUACAAUUAGUGCAACUGUUGUCAGUGAUUACGCACCAGGAGGGUGCACUGUUGUUGAACAAAAAGAAUCCAGUCAAUACUGUUGAUAAACUCUUGCAAACUGACACUUCCUCACAGUGUGCGUGAGACCCAGUUUCAGCCAACAGCUCACCUUGUUAAGAUAACUGACGAUGUGCUCAGUGGGAGGUGGAUUCGGAAUACCUUGUUAACUUUUGCCCAGCAGGGGUGGAAGCAGCUGCAACUGUUUACAGCAAUAAUUUGUCAAGACCAGAGAGAAGAGAAGAAGGACCCAAUGACCACAAAGAAAUCACUUUAUAAUUGAUGCAACAUACAUCAAAGUUGCUGGUGAACGCAGCAGGCCAAGCAGCAUCUAUAGAAAGAGGUGCAGUCGACGUUUCAGGCCGAGACCCUUCGUCAGGACUAACUGAAGGAAGAGGACAUCACCAGGUAUACAUUUCUAAAAGUUAUCUGAACUCUAAAACACUAUGUCGAAGCAGAGGGGCAACAAGGAGGGAGAUACCAUGAACCUCAUCACACCCGAUGAGCUGAAGUUUGAUAAUUAUGGUAGUUUGGACAAUGAGUAUGAUGAUGAGGACGAUGCUGAAGAUGAAGCCUUUGUGGAGUUGCAGGAGAUCGACGUUGAACAUAAAGCAACUACAUCAAGUGUAAAGGAAGAAGAGAAAAUUAACUUUUUCCAUGAUGGGAAGACCAGAGUUGAUUUUGUCCUUAUUUGGGAAGAGGAAUUACCAAAACAAUAUGAAAAGCCAAGAGCUGAAACUUCGAGAAGCAACAGUAAAAAGACCUGGAACUCGAAAUUAACAAAACAGAAGGAGCAGAUCAUAAAAUGGAGAAAGAAGUUUGUGAAGAACCUUGAGAGAAGUGGCCUGGUCAUGGAAACGUUCGAGAGGCAGAGUGAGAGCUGCGUGACCCACUACAUCUUGCUGAAUGCUUCGUGGGAAGUGCUGUGUUAUCAUGCAGAGAAUUUGUGCCUACGCACUCCAUUGCAGCUAUCAGAAAAUUGUAGCUCCAAUUGGUCACAGGAACUCCUGUCGAAGCUGAAUAUCUGCAAUAUCAUGUACCAAGAUGUUCCUAAUGCUCCGCCAGAAUAUUACACCUGUCAGUUUAGACUCUCCAAGCUGGAAAGGUACUUAAAUAGAAACAAUAAAGAAGACUUCUUCUCUAACACACAAAGGCACGAAAUAGUUUAUCAGAUAUUAGAAAACACCGUUUAUGGAGUUCAGCGGAAGUCCCAGAUUGGUAUUGAAAAUCUCCUAAGUGAACAAGUGUUUUCAGCUGCAUUCCCCCUUCAUGAUGGUCCAUACAAAUCCCCAACACGUGACCUGUGCCCUGAGAACCUCAGCAACCGACAGAUACUGUACAAGUACUGGGCUUGUUGGAGCAAGUGGUGUAAAUACCAGCCGCUGGACCACAUCCGCAAAUACUUUGGAGAGAAGAUUGCCUUUUACUUUGCAUGGAUUGGGUUUUACACAGGGUGGCUGUUGCCAGCAGCAGUUGUCGGAAUCCUUGUUCUCAUUGCUGGGUUCUUCAUGUUGAUAGAUGACACUCCCUCAAAGGAAAUCUGUGAAGAAGGAUCCAACUAUACCAUGUGUCCACUCUGUAAGUUCUGCACGUCCUGGAAACUCUCCAGCAUCUGCACAACCUUUAAGUUGGGCCAACUCUUUGACAAUGGAGCCACAGUAUUCUUCAGUAUCUUCAUGUCACUAUGGGCAGUAAUGUUCCUCGAGUACUGGAAGAGGAAAAGCGCAAUUCUGGCCUAUAAAUGGGAAUGUUUCGACUUCGAAGAAACUGAGGAGCGCCCGAGGCCUGAGUUUACAGUCCUGGCUCCCAUGACUGUGAGGAACCCAAUAACAGGGGCAGAGGAACCCUACUUUCCAAAGGGAAACCAGCUCAGACGUAUCUUCACAAGCUCUAUGUUGAUUCUGCUCCUGGUUAUAGUGGUGCUUAUCUUCUUGGUUUCCAUCAUUGUCUACCGGACUAUCAUUAGUAUUCUGAUGUAUGAGUCUGGAAACACCAUCAUCAUGGCAACAGCCUCAAGGAUUGCGAGUAUAACUGGAUCAAUCAUCAACCUACUGGUCAUUCUCCUCUUAGCUCGAGUAUAUACACAUCUAGCUCAUUUCCUAACCAAAUGGGAAAUGCAUAGGACUCAGAGCAAGUACGAAGAUGCCUUUGUCUUCAAGGUGUUUGUUUUUCAGUUUGUCAAUUUCUACUCCUCGCCCUUCUACAUUGCUUUCUUCAAGGGCCGGUUUGUUGGUUAUCCUGGAAACUACAAAACACUGUUUGGAAUCAGGAAUGAAGCAUGUGGAGCGGGUGGCUGCCUGAUUGAAUUGGCUCAGGAGUUACUUAUUAUCAUGGUUGGAAAACAACUCAUUAAUAACGUUCAGGAGUUUGUUAUUCCGAAGUUGAGACAUUGGUGGCAGAAGCAGAAAUUGAGGAGCCUGGUCAACGAUGAGGCCAAUCCAGUGCUUCAGCCCUGGGAGAGGGAUUACGAGUUGCUGGAUUGUGAAGGACUCUUUGAUGAGUAUCUUGAGAUGGUCCUUCAGUUUGGGUUCAUCACCAUCUUCGUGGCUGCCUGCCCACUGGCCCCUUUAUUUGCCCUUCUCAAUAACUGGAUAGAAAUCCGCCUGGAUGCCCACAAGUUUGUCUGCGAGUACCGACGGCCGGUUGUGAAGAAAGCGCAGGGGAUCGGAAUCUGGUUUGACAUCCUGGAGACCAUCACCAAGCUAGCUGUAAUAAGUAACGCCUUCCUGAUAGCGUUCACAUCAGAUUUUUUGCCUCGUCUCUUCUAUCGUUACACUUACCAGAUUGAUCUAACUGGCUACAUUAACUUCACCUUGGCAUACUCGCCUCCCAACUUCAUCCUUCAGAACCAUACCAUGUGCAGGUACAGAGAGUUCAGGGAUACCAAUGGCCACCUGACCCUGACAUAUUGGAACCUGAUGGCUAUUCGUUUUGGCUUUGUAAUUGUGUUUGAGCACGUGGUGUUCUUCAUUGCACGAAUGAUCGAUUUGCUUGUCCCAGAUGUGCCUGAGUCGGUAGAAAUAAAGAUGAAGAGGGAACAGUACAUAGCAAAGCAGGCCCUGGCUGAGAAUCAGACUCUCAUGAAACACAUUGGAAGUCCGGAUGGAUUUUGCAAGCCAAGCCCACAAGAGAGUGAAAUUGCCACAAACCUGCAGGAUUUACCUCCUAUCCCAGAGGAUAAACAGCUUUAGUUCCCACAUCUCUUCCUCAUCCAAUUCAAAGGCAACUCACCUGGAUUUUAGAAUUCUAAAAUAAAACCAAAGGAUAAUGCAAUAGUCAAUGGGUCAUGUAGCAUCUGUGGAGAGAGACAAAAGUGUUAAAGACUUCAUGAUCAUCUUCAGAACUGGAAUGAAGUUUUAAGAUGCAGAAAAUGGAAGAUGAGGAAUGUGGGGGUGGAACACUGGAGCGAUUAAAAGAGACAGUGAAGUAACGGUGACACUGCUUUAUUAGAAUAUGUGUGAUUGGGCCCCAGGUGGGGGGGAAAUGAGUUAAAAAAGGGAGCCUUUUUAUGUUCUAUUGAAGGGAUUGUAUGGUCAAUGGCUCAAUAGGGGUUAAAGAAGAACGGGUGAGCGUCCAAUAGGAAUUUCCUCUAUGGAAAACUGAUGAGGAGGGAGGAGAGAUGAUGCUUGGAAGUAGAAUCAUAGAGGAGGUACAGGAGAGGGCAGAGGAAGAUGAAGGUUUUGUGAUUUUAUUAUACUGGGGUGAAAUGUGGGCAGUAUUAGAGACUGGGGUUGAUAAAGAGGAUUUUGGUAUUGUGAGACAAAAGAGAUGAAGAGGAAGUGUGAGCAUGUAAUAGUCAUUACCUGACAUUUUCAGCACCUUCAAUAUUCGACAUCUUCUCUCUCAAAGAACUAUUACUUCUGCCAGCCCUGCCCUGCUCUUCAGUCACCAUCAGCAUCUCUCUCCAAGGCCACUUCCCAUGCAACAAUAGGAGAUGCAAUACUUUCCCUUUUACCACCUUUUUUCCACCAUCCAACACCCAAGGCACUUCGGGAUUUAUUUGAACUACCUUCUGUUUACUAAACUCUGGUCACCAACCAUAAUAGAAUUGAUGUGGAGUGCAGUGGGUACAGCUGCAACCUCAUUUUGCUAAGGACUGGGCUUGAUCCUGACCUCUGAUGCUGCCUGUGUGGGAUUUGCACAUUCUCCCUGUAGAUUUCCAUGGGAGCUCCAGAUUUGUCCCACAUCCCAAAGGCAGGUUUGAAGCUUAAUCAGCCGCUGGUGUGUAUGCAGGGCGGGUGGGGGAGAAUCUGAAAGGCGUAAUAAAGAUAUGGGGAGGAUAAAAAUGACGUGAAUAGAGUAGAGCAAAUGGUUAGUUCAUGGUCUUCUCAAGCUUGAUGGGCUGAAAGGUCUGCUUCUGUGAGGUAUCCAUGAUGACCAAAUCCAGAUUGGGUGAUUGCUUCACAAGCACAACAAAAUCUGCGGAUGCUGGAAAUUCAAAGUGACCCCCUCCCCCCACCUUCUUACUCUGACUUCUCCUCUUCCUUUCCAGUCCUGAUGAGGAGCCUCGGCCCAAAACGUCGACUGUUUACUCUUUUCCAUAGGUGCUGCCUUGCCUGCUGAGUUCCUCCAGCAUUUUAUGUGUGUUGCUGUGGGUGACUGGGUGACUCCAUUUAGUCCUUAGAUGAGGUUGCCUUUAAUUUGUUUUCCGUCCCAUUUUCACUCUCUGCCUUUGGCCUCCUAAGUGUUUGCUGUGAACCACGAGGAACAGGAUCACCGUUCAGCUGCACACACUAGUCUUACCAACUCAGCACCGAGUGUAAUGCCAAGCAUUGAUUCUGCUGCUCAUGUACACCUCCUCUCGCUGUAUUCUCUGUUUUUCCAAUCAUUCCCACUUACCUUGCUUUUUUCAGUUAAUCCCUGCUGCCAACUCUCUCCAGCCUACUAAAUUCCCCGCUCCUAGGUCUAACCUUGUAUUUUCCUUGAUCUCUCCCACACACUCUGAAUUCACUUUGUUCUUGAGACCCACCUCCCAGUCUUUCAGUCUUGUUCCCCUGAGCUGCUGACCACCCAGCUCACUUCCCUAUUACACCAUAGAUUGAGUUCACGCCAGCUGCCUACUGGCCAUGAAAUACAGGAGCAGAAUUAGACCAUUUGGCCCAUUGUCUCUGCUGCUAUUCAAUCACUGCUGAUUUCUGUUACUCUCAUUAUCCUGCCUUUUCUCUGUAACCCUUAACCACCUCCACCUUCCCGAUUAAGGACCUGUCAAUCUCUGCCUUGAAUGCAUCCAAUGACUUGUCCUCCACUGUUCUAUAUGGCAACAAAUUCACCACCCUGUCUGUUGCAGUUCCUCCUCAUCUAAGUUUUACAGCAGGGGUUCACAACCUUUCUUAUGCCAUGGACCAAUACCAUUAAGCAAAGAGACUGUGAACCCCAGGCUCUCAAGUGACAUCCUUUUAUUCUGAGACUUUGCCCUGGGAUCCUAGACUCUCCUGCUAAUGGAAACAUCCUUUCCAUAUCCACUCCAUCCAGGCUUUCAGUAUUUGGUAGGUUUCAAUGAGAUUCUCCCCGCCCCCCCAUCAUGCUGAUACAUCAAGCCAUUCAUCCCUGGGAUUACUCUGUGACCAGAACACUUCCCCUGAGGUGCAGAGCACAAAAUCACUCACAACAGCAGUGUGGCCAUCUCACCAAUCCUGCUCCCUUUCUGGUUAUAGUGGGAUAAGCAUAGAGCAGCUCCUUCUGCCUAAACUCUGCAUCAACAUCAGGCUCCCAUUUUUACCCUAACCCAUUUAAUUCUCCCCAUGUUGUCAUCGACCCAGAUUUGAUUUCCUCCCUGAUGGUAGCAAUGAGAAUGCGGCAUGACCUGCUGAGGGGGUCUUUCAUGAUGGAUGCCACAUUUUUGAGGCAUCGCUCCUUGAAGAUGUCCUAGAUACUAUGGAGGCUAAUAACCAUGGUGGAGCUGAUUAAUUCCUCCAAACCCCUCCCAUCCAUGAAUUUCUCUUAAAUGUUGCAAUCGAAACUCCAUGAAACAUAGAACAUAGAAUACUAACAACACAGUACACACUCUUCAGCCCACGAUGUUGUACCAACCUUUUAACCUACUCUGAGAUUAAGCUUCCCUCCUACAUACGCCCCCCCCCAUUUUUCUAUCAUCCAUGUCCCUAAUCUAAGAGUUCCUUAAACGUCCCUAAUGUAUCUGCCACCGCCAUCACCCUGGAAGGGUAUUCCACGUACUCACCACUCUCUGUAAAGUAAACUUGCCUUUGACAUCCCUCCUAUCCUUUCCUCCAAUCACCUUAAAAUUAUGCCCUCUUGUAUUAGCCAUUUCUAACCUGGGAAAAAAGUGUUGACUAUCCACUUGAUCUGUGCCUCUUAUCAUCUUGUACACGUCAAUCAAGUCACCUCUCAUCCACCUUUGCUCCAAGACAAAAAUCCUAGUUUGAUUAACCUAUCCUCAGCUUGCUCUUUAAUCCAAGAAGGAUCCUGGUAAAUCAGCUCUGCACCCUCUCUCAAGCUUCUACAUUAUGUUAGAAGGACCAGAACUAAACACAAUAUUCCAAGUGUGGUCUAACCAGGGUUUUAUAAAGCUGCAACAUUACCUCGCAGCUCUUGAACUCAGUCCCCCAACACACCAUACACCUUUAUAACCACCCUAUCAACUUACACAGCAACUUGGAGGGAUCCAUGAACGUGGACCCUAUGAUCCCUGAGUUUUCUCUACUGCUAAGAAUCAUACAAUUAACCCUGUAUUCUGCCUUCAAAUUUGACCUUCCAUAGUGAAUCACUUCACACUUUUCCAGGCUGAACUCCAUUUGCCACCUCUCAGCUCAGCUCUACAUCCUAUCAAUGUCCCAUUGUAAUCUAUGACGACCUUCCACAUUAUCCACAACUUUGUAUCAUCUGCAAUCUUCAACUUUGACUUCUUCACCCAAAUUAUUUAUAAAAUCACAAAGAGCAGGGUUCCCAGAACAGCUCCCUGUGGAAUACCACUGAUCACAGACCUCCAGACAAAAUACUCUCCAUCUACUACCAGCCUCUGCUUUCUAUUGAGCAAGCCAAUUCUGUAUCCACGCAGCCAAGUUUCCCUGGAUCCCAUGUCUGCUGACUUCCUGCCAUGGGGAACCUUAUCAAAUGCCUUACUAAAAUCCAUAUACACCACAUCCUCAAAGAAUUCAAUCAGGCGCGUGAGGCAUGACCUGCCCCUCACAAAGCCAUGCUGACUAUCCCUAAUCAGAUAAUGCUACUCCAAAUACUCACAAAUCUUGCCUUUACUAAUCUUCCCCAAUAAUUUGCCCACCACUGAAGAAAGACUCACAGGUCAGUGAUCGCCAGGCUCAUCCUUACUUCCUUUCCUGAACAAAGGAAUAACAUCUUCCACCCUGCAAUCAUCGGGUACUACUCCUGAGGCCAGUCAGGACUCAAAGAUUAUCACCAGUGCACAGCAAUUGCUUCUCUUGCUUCCUGAAGUAACUUGGGGCAUAUCCCAUCCAGCCCCAGGGACUUAACUUGCUUUUCCCAAGGUUCCAUCACAUCAACUUGUUUAAUGUUGAAACUUGCAUGUUGUAUGAUGUCCUCAGAAAUAUCAAGGUCCCUCUCCCUGGCAAAUACUGAAGCAAAAUAUUCAUUAAGGACCUCCCCUACCUCCUCUGCAUCCACCACUUCCACUGGCAGCUCAUCCAUCCUCUGAGUGAACAGGGUUCUCCUUAAAUAUUUCACUUUUACCUUUAACCUACAACCUCUAGUUCUAGUCUCUCCCAAUUUCAGCGGAAAAAGCCUACUUGCAUUUACCCUGUCUAUACCCCUCACAAUUUUGUGUACCUCUAUCAAAUCUCCCCUCAUUCUCCUACCCUCCAGGGAACAAAGUCCUAACCUAUUAACCUUUCCCUAUAAUUCAGUUUAUCAAAUCCCAACAACAUUCUUGUACACUUUUCCUGUACUACUUCAAUUUUAUUGAUAUUUUUCCUAUAGGUAGGUGACCAAGUAUGGGCUCACCAAUGUCCUAUACAGCAACAACAUAACUUCAGCUUUCACAGUGAAAGGUAGGACACUGUGGAGUGCAAUACAACAGAUGGAUCCGGGAAUACAAAUCCGUAAUUCCUUGAAAGUAUUAUCACAAGUAGAUAGGGUCAUCAAUAAAUCUUUUGGCCAACUCUUGUACUCAGUACUCUGAUGUAUGAAGGCCAAAAGCUCUAUUUACAACCCUAUCUAUCUGUUGCACCCCUUUCGAGGAAUUAUAGAUUGCUACAAGGUUUGAUGACCUUCCUCGCUGUCCACUAUGCCCCAAUUCUUAGUGUCAUCUGCAAAUUUGAUGUUUUAAGAAAGUCUCACCCCAACUUUUGAAAUAGAUGACAAACAUCUGAUCCUUGUGGCACACCAUGAGCCACAGGCCUCCAGUCAGGGAGGCAAACAUCUACUACCCUUCUCUGCUAAGCCAAUGUUGAAUCCAAUUUAAUACAUCAUCCUGAAUGCCAAGUAACUGAAUCUUCUGGACCAGCUUCCCAUGUAAGAUUUUGUCAAAGGCUUUGCUAAAGUCCAUGUAGACAACAUCCACUGCCUUGCCUCCAUCAACUUUUUUGGUUAUCUCCUCAAAAAACUCUAAGGUUUGUUAGACAUGAUCUUUCAUGCACAAACCCAUGUUGAGUACCCCUAAUCUAUUCGCCCUCUAUCAAAUUAUUUAUAUAUCCUGUCCCUAAAAAUACUUCCCAAUAAUUUAACCACUACUGAUGCCAGGGUCACUAAUCUAUAAUUUCCCAGCUUAUUUUUAGAGCUUUUCUUGAAUAACAGGAUAAUAUUAGCUAUUUUCCAGUCCUCUGGCACCACAUUUGUGGCCAAGGUCAUUUUAAUACCUUUGCCAUGCCCCCUGCAAAUGCUGCACUAGCCUCCCACAAGGUCCUGGGGGACACCUUGUUAGAUCCUGGGGACUUGUCCAGCCUAAUUUGCCUCCAGACAGCAAGUACCUUCUCUUCUAUAAUCUGGACACAGUCAUGGCUGCCUCAGUUCUAUAGACUCUGCGUCCAUCUCCCGAAAAACAAAGAUGCAAAAAAUCCAGUUAAGAAUCUCCCUAUCCCUUUCAGCUGUAUGCACAGAGAACCACACUGAUCUUCAUGUGGACCAGUUUUGUUAUCUUUUUGCUAUCUUCUUGCUCUUAAUAUACCUAUAGAAGCCCUAGGGAUUCUCUUUCAUCUUGUUUGCCAGUGCAACUUCACAGCUUUUUUUUGCCUUCCUGAUUUCCCUGGUAUGUGUUCUCUUGCAUUCCAUCUACUCUUCAAACACCUCAUUUGUUCCUUACUCCCUAAACCUGCUAUGCACCUUCCUCCUCUUCCUUAACCAGGGUCUCAAUCUCUCUUAAAAAGAAAAACAAAGUUCCCUAAACUUGUUAACCGUGCUUAUGCUCUGACAGGAACAUAUAAACCUCCCACUUACCAAACAUCCUUUUGCCAGAAAACAACCUGUCCCGAUCCACACUUGCCAGAUCCUUUCUGAUGCCAUCAAAACUGCCCCUUUCUGAUUUAGAACCUCUACCUGAGGACCGGUCCUAUCUUUCUCUUGAAACGAAUGUAGUUAUGACCGCUAGAUCCAGAGUGUGUCCCUAUGCACUCCUGCCCUGUCUCAUUCCCUCAAUGGAGAUGCAGAUAUUUUAUACUUAUUUAGAGCUACAGCAGGGCAACAGGUCCUUCUGGCAGAGCUUGUAGUGCCAAUUGCACCCAUGUGAUCACAAUUAACCUACUAACUGUACAUCUUUGGAAUGUGGGAGGAAACCGACACACUCACCAAAUCUUCACAACAACAGAAGUGAACCAGUAAUGUUGGCGCUGUAAGAGUCUGAUCUUUUUGUGCGGCCCUCAUAUAUGGUUAUAUGGUCACUUGAUCAGACAUCACACCCCGCUGUGCGUAUCUCCUUUGCUGGAUUAACCACAGCUUGAGAAGGGUUCCCCCUCUGCUUUAACACCACUGAGGGUUUCCUGGGGAAGAGAAGUGGCUGAAGGAUUAGUGCUUAUGGCCAGAGCAGUGGAUAUUCACCCCUGUGAUCCCCACUGUGAAUCCCCUGUGCAAAUGUGGCCCUAGCUAGUUUACAGUUACUUUACCUCUUGGAGCCCUUGUAGAAACUGUCCCCCUUCAGGCAGAAACCAUCUAAGCCUGAAAACUCAAUCCCCAGCAUCUAUUCAACUGCACGCAUCACUCCCUUGACUAAAUUGGUCUUUAGUUUAUGACUGCAUUAAAUCUGGAGCCAAGGUCUUAAAUUCCAGCCUACAAGCCUGUGACGAGAGUUUACUCACUGCCACCAUGGACAGAGUUCAGUACACCAAUCCCCCACUGCAGAGUUUCAGCUUCUGUUGGUUCUCAGGAUUAGAUGAGAGUACCAGUGAAGCUGAUUGUGGCAUCAGGCUGCACCUCCUCCUUGCUGACUGGAACCCUUUGAAUGUGAAAAGAGAAUUUGCUCUUGUUGCCAACACUUCACACGGUGACUGCAACCUCCUCACUGAACGUAAUUCUGUUGCUUUAUUUCUCUUUUCUGUCUGUGAUUUUCUCUCCUUCCUCUGAUUGUCGGUUGUUGGAGCAGGGGCAAGCGGGGAAGGGAGGAGGUGGUUUCAACAGACCUGCUCCAGCACCACAAGCCUCAUUGCUCUUCCCGUCUCUUCAGUUUGCUUCCUUGGGGCAGGCAGUGGAAUAGGGAUCAUUUACCAGAUUGAUCAUUGAAUGAGCUUCAAACCAAAAGCCCCUUAAGGUUGAAGAUAAUGACAUUGAUUAGGCCAAUGUGUUGGAAGGUUUUUUAAAAACUUCCAUAGACCACAUGAAGGAGGUGGGGGGGGCGGUGGGAGUGGCAUUUGCCACACAAGAUGGCCCUUUGAACAACUCCUUUCCCCUGCAGCCUAUGGUAAGGUGGCACUGGAGUGCAACAUGCAGGAGAAACGCAGAUAAGUAGAUGAAUGGGAGGGCUCUGGUUCAGGUGUGGGUCAAUGGGUUUAGGCAGAAUAACACAUCAGCAGGGACUAGAUGGGCUGAAGGUCCUGCUUAUGUUCACGAUGAUUCUGAGUGUGGUGGCUCAUUCGGAAUUGCUCAUUACUUCUAUUAUAAUUGUACUGUUUAAAAUCCAAAUUCAAAGUCUACACUAUAUCCUGCAAUCUGUUCCCUUGAUGUGCUGAUGGGAUAAAGUGAUCUGUAUAGAUGACAUGAAAAAUAGUUUUUCACUCAACCUCUGUACA